GACGUCAGGGCCCCGGGGCGUGGCUCCGGUCUGCCCGCGGAGGAGUCAGUCAGUCCCAGCCACUGGGACGAUGCGGGUCGCCUAGGAUGGUGCUGCCGCCGCUGCUGCUGCUGCUCAGCCUGCGCCUGGGCUGGGGUGUACAGGGGACAGAACUGCCCAGCCCUUCUUCAGUGUGGUUUGAAGCACGGUUCUUCAAGCAUAUCCUCCGCUGGACGCCCAUCCCAAAUCACUCCCCAAAUACCUCCUAUGAAGUGAUGCUGCAGAGGUAUGGAGACGAGCACUGGAACCUUCUCCCCAGCUGUAGCCCGGUCCUGGCUCUGUCCUGUGACAUCACCAUGGCCACCCUGGACCUGUACCACAACAGUGGCUACAGGGCCAAAGUCCGAGCCCUGGACGGCUGCCGGCUCUCCAACUGGACCCUGGCCAGUCCCCGCUUCACCAUGGAUGAAGUGGUUCUCACCGUUGGUAGUGUGAAGCUGGAGAUGCACAAUGGCCUCAUUCACGGGACAAUCCAGCCCUCUCGGCCCCAGGUGGCUCCCGUAGGUGACACAUACGAAAGCAUCUUCAACUUAUUCCGCAAGUACGAGAUUGCCGUCCGCAAGCCGCCGGGAAACUACACGAUGGUGGUGGACAGCGAGCACUUCAGCCUCCAGGCGGGAGAGGUGGGGACGCUGUGUGUCAAGGUGAAGCCCUUCGUCGACUCCCGCGUGAACAAGGGUCUCUGGUCCCGGGAGCAGUGCAUCACGCUGAGCAGGCAGUAUCUCACCGUGACCCACGUGAUCCUCUUCUUCGCCUUCGUCCUGCUGCUCUGCGCAGGCCUGGGCUUCUGCCUGGUCCUCCGGCUCUACGUGCGGCGCCCGGGGAAGCUGCCCUCCGCCCUGGUCUUCAAGCAGCCCGGCCCCUCUGUCCCCCCCGGCCGGCUCCCCUGCGCAGGGCCGCGGGACACCAUCCACCCGCUGGACGAGGAGGCCUUCCCGGGGCGCGGGGCCUCGGGCCUGCACGGCGCCGGCGCCGACGGCGGCUUUGGCGGUCACGAGCCGUCCCCGCGGAUGGGAGCGCCCCCCUUCCUCCUCGCUGGCCCCGACUCGCCGGCCCUCAAGACUCCGGGAGACGAGGGGCCCGCUGAGCUGCAGGACAGCCGUAGUAACGGCAGCGGUGACAGCACGGACAGCGGGAUCUGCCUUGGGGAGCCCGGCCUGCACCCCAGCCCCAGGCCUGCCUGGAGGCCUCAGGAUGAGAGUCCGGGCCGCCGCAGCCAGGAGGACAGCGGGGUGAGCCUCAUCCAGAGCUCAGGAGACUCCAGGGAUGCCCCAAACGGCCCAGCCUCGGGCCACACCCGUCUCCUGGGGCCUGAGGCCCCACAGGAAACAGACUCGGCCGUGAAGGCGUUCCAGGGCUACCUGAAACAGGCCAGACGUACAGAGGAGCCGGCAGUCACGGAGGGCUGCCCGGAGAAAGAGACCUUCUCGACGGACGGCCUCAGCCCAGAGCUGACCGUGUGCCUGGAGGCCGAGGCGGGCCGGCCCCCGCCGGCGCUGGCCAAGGGCUACAUGAAACAGGACUCUCCCAGCACGGCGGGGGCUCCCCUGGAGGCCCCCGCAGACCAGUGGAGCCAGCUGGCCGAGGAAUGGCCGCUCCUGGCCUUCGCCAGCUGCGGGGACCUGGGAACACCUGGCUGGAGUUGGACCUGCGACCUUGCCGCUCUGGACUGGAAGGCGAGCCCGGGCAGCCUCCUGAGCAGCUUUGACUCGGACCUGGCCCUGCCGCUGGUCUCCAGCCUGCACUGUAAAGAGUGACCGGGGCAGAAGGAGGCUGAGAUCCCAGCGCCGGGCCCGCCUGUGCGCUGCAAGCCACGGGGACCAGGCCGC